AUGUUGGAGGAUCAGGAGUUUAUUGGAAAGUUCUUACAGAAAUCCCACACCCUUCUCCUUCAGAACCGCUUGUUAGCAGAAGAACUUCUAAGACAGGCCGGCAUCGGCUUCCACGACAAAGGAAACGCAGGCUUGUUCAUGUGGAUUGAUUUGAGUGCACAUCUUCGGAUUGAAACUGCUCAGGGGGAUGGAUGGGCUGCUGAGAGACUGCUCUCUCGGCGCUUGGAGAUGGGAGGCGUCAUUAUGUCCACUGGUGAGCAAUAUCAUGCCCCGGAAGCAGGGUGGUUUCGACUUGUGUUUUGCGUGAGCGAAGAAACCCUGAGGGAGGGCAUUCGAAGAAUAUCCGCUCUUUUAACGGUGUAA